CUUUUCGAAAGUUUAGAAGAACAUGUUAGAGAAGCCAAGUUAUGAUAUCUGUUCUAGUCGUCGAUCCAUAAAGCUUUCAAAACGGUACGUUGGCACAGUCUUUCCUACUGUUGGCAUUCACCCGUUUAAUGCGGAUCCUAAAUUAUUAUCCACCGAUCUUAACUGUUAUAAUAAACCAUUUGUGACCCUAAUGCGAGAGACCGAAUUACAAUUAAAUAACAUAAUUCUUACUGAACCGGUCAAAGGGAUCGGAGAAACAGGCUUAGAUUAUUCUUCGGGGUUUCCCGAUAAAAAGUUUCAACUCCCUCUUUUUGAACUCCAUAUAACCCAAGCGAUAAAACACAAGUUGCCCCUCUUCAUCCACGAACGCCUUGCUUUCACCGAUUGCGCAAAAACGCUUUUUUCUUGCUUGAAAAAGUUAAGAAGGGCUUUUAAUGACGAGACACUUUGCCUCCCUCCUACUUUAAUUCACUGUUUUACGGGGACGAGCGAAGAAUUGAAGCAGUAUAUAUCAUACGGAUUUUAUGUCAGUAUUUCUGGUUUCAUUAAAAGAACUAAAGCGGGCGAAGAGCUACGCCGAGCCUUGAAAAAGGGGCUUGUUCCUCUCGAUAAACUGAUGAUCGAAACCGACGCUCCCUAUAUGGGCUUUGCUGGCUGCCGAAGUGAUUUACGUUAUCUGGAAGGCAUAGGUGCUGAAAAGCAAUAUCCUAACGUCCCUGCCGCACUGUUGAAAGUGGUGAGCGCCCUCGCAGAAAGCCUAAAUCUUCCGGUUAAAGAAGUCAUGGCGCACACCACCGCCAAUGCUAAAAAGUUUUUCAAUAUUGCAUGAAAAUUUGGGA